ACUUCAACAUCACGAAGACGUAACCACACGUUUGAAAACAACGAUAUAACGACACAAACAACAAGACCAUCUUUCGCGGCUUGAUCUCUCCUCGUUCAAUGCAGUUUGCAAUUUUAUAACUUUUGUUCCUCGCUCGCUCGCUCGCUUGCCAUCGUCGUCCAUCGAUUUAGCGUUUCCUUACACAGCAAGAAGAUACCCCAACCAUGCAUCAGCAGCAGCAAUCCCGUUCCCCAGCGUCGCGUUCAUUCAGCACACUCCCAUUCUCGCUUCUCCUCCUCUCCCUGCUCCUCCUCUGUUCGCCAACCAGCACAUCCGCACAGCCAGUCGGCGAAGACACCGCUACAUCAGCAGAAUACGCCAAAGACGACGCGUUCCGCGAUGCGGUCCUCAAUGUAACGAAUACGUAUCGCGAGCAGCAUAAUGCCACCAAGUUGGAGUGGAAUAAGACGCUGGCGGAGUUUGCGGGGGAUUGGAGUGAUGAUUGCAAAUUUAAGCAUAGUGGCGGUCCGUAUGGCGAGAACUUGGCUUCUGGGUAUCCCAAUGCGUCGGCUUCGAUCAUUGCGUGGGGCCAGGAGCGGACAAAGUAUAACUUCCGCAAGGGAGAUUUCAGUGCCGAAACUGGCCAUUUCACCCAGUUGGUCUGGAAGAAUACUACGCAAGUGGGCUGCAGUCGGAAGCAAUGUAAUGGUGGCGAGAAAGACGGCCAUGGCGACGCGCCUGGCUGGUAUGUCGUGUGCGAGUACUCUCCUGCCGGCAAUAUGAUUGGCUCUUUUGUGGACAAUGUGCAGCCGCAGGUGUCUGGUAGCACGGAGAAGUGCCCACAGGGUGCGGUUUGCAGUGCAGCGCAUACUUUGAGGGGGAGUGUAGGGGCACUGUGGAUUGCUGUGUUGGUGAGCUGUGUAGCAGUGGCGUGGAUGUAGAGAAUAGAGCAUCAGGGCU